CAUAGACACAAGUACCAGAGCUGCAAAGCCUCCACACGCUUGCAUGCAUGAUGCUUAUGAUGUAGCGACACUAUUUGGCUUGAAAUGGUGAGGAUGUACCUGCAUGGCACCUUGUUAGGACGUCUCGGAUGUUUCAAACAAGAGAAGCAAUGCAACCUGCCUUAAAUGUGCUGCUUCGGGUCGGGAGAUUUGCCUUGAAGAGACCAAACACCUGCUCAUCUCAUAAAUGCGGGAGGUGCAACACCUUCACACCUUCUUCAUCCACCCUCCACUGAGUUGACGAGGCGGUGAAUCUUGAGAUGCCUCACCAGCGCCGUGCCUUCAUCUCCUCACUUCAGACACGGGAGCAGACACCGAACACAUCCCCUGAUGUUCAUGUGACCUUCCCUCAUCACGCUGCUCCUGCCUCAACUCCAGUUCCCCGGCAGCCACCUGCAUCAGUUUCCUCUCCCUCUCAGUGCUCCUCUUGUUCGUCUCCUUCUUCUUCACCCCUCUCCCUACAGUUUUCCCGCCCCUCCUCACAUGGCCUCCUCAGGGUCGUCCUCCUGGCCUCCCUGUGUUUACUGCCGUGUGCAGUACAGGCGGCCGGGUUUCGGGUCGGGGUGGUGGGACCUUGGCAAUGUGACCCUUUCUUUGCCAAGGCCCUUCCUAACGUGGCGGCACAGCUUGCCGUCAAUCGCAUCAACAAAGACCCCUCGCUGUCCUACGCCGUGACGUUUGACCAUGCCGUGCUCCAGGAGCCUUGUGAGACAUCCAGGGCGCUGGAGGCAUUCGUGGGUUUCCGGACCAAGGCCUCUGGGUACAUUGGACCGGCCAACCCCGGCUACUGUGAUGCUGCUUCGAUGUUGAGUAAAGGCUGGAACAAAGCAUUGUUUCCUUGGGCUUGUGUUGGCUAUGAGCUGGACGACAUCCGGAGCCAUCCGACCUUUGCCCGAUCCAUGGCGAGGCCCACAUCGGUGCUGCACAGUGUCAUGAGCUACUUCAGAUGGGCUCACAUUGGCAUCAUCUCUUCCUCAGAAGACAUCUGGACGGAUACAGCAACUAAGGUGGCUGACUCAUUGAGGAGCCAUGGUAUGUCGGUCAGGCUGGUCAGUUUUAUGGAAAACACGCCUCACGGGAUUAGACGAACUCUGGCCAAGGUCCGCAAGAUGACAGAAAUACGAGUUGUGAUCCUCUGCAUGCACUCGGCGUUGAUCGGUGGCUCGACGCAGAAGCUCCUCUUGGAAACAGCCUACGACAUGCAGAUGAUCGACGGCUCCCUGGUGUUUGUGCCCUAUGACACCCUGCUCUACAGCCUCCCCUACCGCAAUGUGACCUACCCAGCUCUGAAGAGCAGAAGCAAACUGCUGCGGGCCUAUGACGCCGUGUUGACCAUCACCAUUGACUCGCCCAAGGUGUCCUUCUACGAGGCCUACAGAGAGGCCAUGGAGAGGGGGGAAGUGGCGAGCACUCUGCAACCCCAGCAGGUGUCUCCACUGUUUGGAACCAUCUACAACUCGGUUCUUUUCAUGGCUCAUGCUGUGCAUCGUGUUCGGGAGUCUAGAGCAUGGAUGUCUGGAGGAAACCUGGCGCAGCAUACGCGUAACCUUGACUUUGAGGGCUUCAGCCACCAAGUCAAAACCAGCAGCUCUGGAGCAACCCAGCUCGACUACCUGGUACUCGACACAGAUGGAUAUUCCUCGGUUCUGAUGCCAACAUACAGGGUUGACAUGGAUGUUGGUAUGGUUCGCUUCUUGGGCAAGGACAUCCACUUCCCACGAGGCUACGGACCUAGAAGGGACUCUGCCUGCUGGUUUACUCCCGGGGUCCUCUGUUCAGGGGGUGUGGAUCUGUUUGUGACCUUCAGCAUGUUCGUUGGUUCGAUCGCAGCCUCCAUUUUUGCCGUGGCUUUCUUGUACUGCGCCAGACGACGCAUCAAUCAAAUUCGACUGGUCAGAGGUCCCAACAAGAUCCUGCUGACUCUUGCAGAUGUGACGUUCAUUAACCCGUCGCUGAGCAACAAGAAGCUGAGUAUGGACGACAGUGGAGGGCGGAGCACGUCUGAACGUAGCCUCGCCACACCAGUCUCCUCCCUGCCCCCGGCCACCUAUGAAAACUCCAACGUUGUCAUUUUUGAGGGGGACUGGGCGUGGCUGAAGAGACUCCCCAAUGGGAAGUUUGGCAGGAUCACCACCAAAACCAGCGACGUGUUUGAACUGAUGAAGGACAUGCGCCAUGAGAAUGUCAACCCUUUCCUGGGCUUCUUCCAUGACUGCGGCGUGUUUGCCAUCGUGACCGAGUUCUGCUCCAGAGGCAGCCUGGAAGAUCUGCUCCUGAACGACGACGUCAAACUGGACUGGAUGUUCAAGUCAUCUCUACUUUUGGAUUUGAUUAAGGGUAUGAAGUACCUCCAUCACCGCGGCGUGUGUCACACCCGUCUGAAGUCUCGUAACUGUGUUGUGGACGGGCGUUUUGUGCUCAAAAUUACAGACUAUGGAUACAAUGAGGUCCUGGAGUCUCAAAGGUUCCCCUACAUUGAGCCACGUCCAGAAGAGCUGCUGUGGACAGCUCCUGAGCUCUUGAGAAACGGGUUCCCGGGGCUCCAUGGGACUCCAACUGGGGAUGUUUACAGCUUUGCCAUCAUCAUGCAGGAGGUUGUGGUCCGAGGGCCUCCGUUCUGCAUGUUGGACCUCUCUGACACAGAAAUAAUAGAGAAGCUGCGUAAGCCCCCUCCUCUGUGCCGUCCAGUGGUCAGUCCAGACUACGCCCCGAUGGAGUGUAUCGCCCUGAUGAAACAGUGCUGGAACGAACAGCCAGACAAGAGACCCCCAUUUGAGGAGAUUUUUGACCAGUUUAAGAACAUCAACAAGGGGAAGAAGACCAACAUCAUAGACUCUAUGCUGAGGAUGCUCGAGCAGUACUCGUCUAACCUGGAGGAGCUGAUCAGAGAGCGAACGGAAGAGCUGGAGAUCGAGAAACAGAAGACGGAGAAGUUGCUAACCCAGAUGCUUCCUCAGUCUGUUGCAGAGGCUUUGAUGGUGGGAGGAUCAGUGGAACCCGAAUAUUUCGACAGCGUGUCGCUCUAUUUCAGCGACAUCGUCGGCUUCACCACCAUCUCUGCCAACAGUGAACCCAUUGAUGUGGUCAACCUCCUCAACGACCUCUACACGCUUUUCGAUGCCAUCAUAGGAAACCAUGACGUCUACAAGGUGGAGACCAUUGGCGAUGCCUACAUGGUGGCGUCAGGUAUUCCCAUACUUAACGGCAACCGUCAUGCAGCGGAAGUAGCCAACAUGUCUCUAGACAUCUUGAGUGCUGUGGGAACAUUCAAAAUGAGACACAUGCCUGACGUUCCCGUCAGGAUACGCAUAGGACUCCACACAGGUCCAUGUGUAGCAGGUGUGGUAGGUCUCACUAUGCCGCGCUACUGUCUGUUUGGGGACACGGUGACCACCGCCUCUCGUAUGGAGUCCGGUGGGAUGCCCUACCGGAUCCACGUCCAUGAAAGUAUGGAGAAAGUCCUGCGGGAACUAAAUCUUGGCUACAAGCUGGAGUUGAGAGGGAGGACAGAAGUCAAAGGAAAAGGAAUAGAGGAGACGUACUGGCUUGUAGGAAGAGAUGGAUUCACCAAACCUCUGCCUGUUCCUCCAGAACUCAAGUCCGGCACGCCACUGAACACAUCAAGGGACUUGAAGCAGGUGUUUCACAAGGCGGUGAAGAAGAUCGCUCACGUCCGCGUUGUGACUCAGCUCUACAUGCACGAAGACGACGACAACGUCAUGAUGGCACACCACUGACCGGCUCGGCCCGAGGUGCUGGCUGAACGCACCUUUAAACAACGUUUCACAGGCAGCAUCAUGAAGCUUCCCUGCUGUUUCCAUGUGAACUCUCUGCUCUCGAGCCUCCACUGAUGGAGGAGGAGGAGGAUAGUGAACGUGUUAGCUCAGAUUAAGAGCAGUAACAGUGUAUUAGCGUCUGCUGUGGCGCUAUCUAUAGAGGCCGACCAACGGUGACUCAGCAAAGCGGGGAUCUGCAGAAACCGUCUGUCAGCAGCUGAGGAACGCAGCUAAUCUCCCUCGUUCACUUCCUCUUCCUUUGCUCAGGUGUUUCUGGGAGGAAAUGAAUCUGGAAGAGGUUUUGUGGUGCUCAUUCUCAAUGCUAAAAAAAAAUACCCCCCUUACAAGUCAGUGUUCAUACUUAACCACUUAUAUUUGUAUAUUUGUAUAUAACUAUAUAGUAAAUAGUGGAGAGGUGACUAGAAGUGAGCACACGG